ACUUGCGCUCAUCACCAGCCUUAACCGUUAUUGAGCUGCCUGCAUUUUGCAAACUCAUUUUGUUCGAAUUUUCGUAUUAGUUGUGUUGUCCACCAUGAAUUUGUCACUCAUUAUUUCAAUAUUGCUAAAUUGUUUGCGCCUGGCUGUGGCCGCCAUCGACGACGACUGCCCAACGCUGGCGAACGGCGACAGUUUGUCGCAGACGCAGUUGAUCGAUCGCCUGACGCACGGCUGCCGCUACGAUCGCCUGGAGCGUCCUGUUACGUACACUGAGGCGGGCACACGUCUGCCCGUGGAUGUGUACAUGCGCGCCUAUAUAUACUUUAUGCAGAACCUGGAGGCGCACGAUCUGCAAUUCAAGAUCUUUGCACUGCUGCAGAUGCGCUACUUGGAUCCACGAUUGAAUUUCCGACAUGUGUCACCCAAACGCCUGCAGCCCAUUUUGGGUGAACAGCAGCUGCGCGAUUCCCUGUGGCUGCCCCACAUCUUUUUGGCCAACGAGCGCGACUCCAGCAUCUUGGGCACCACGGAGAAGGAUAUUCUGACAUCUGUUUCGCCGGAUGGCACGGUCAUUGUCUCGACGCGCAUUAAGGCCACGCUCUAUUGCUGGCUUAAUUUGAAGAAAUUUCCAUUUGAUGAGCAGCACUGCUCCACGGUCUUGGAGAGCUGGAUGUAUAACACAUCCGAGCUGGUGCUGCAUUGGGAGCAAAAGCGUCCCAUCACAUACGAUCCGGCACUGCAUCUGACCGAGUUUCUGCUGCAGCGCUCCUGGUCAAAUGAGACGGUGAUCAAUGCCGAUUUAAGCGAUUUGCGCCAUGGCGCCUUUGCCGGCAAUUAUAGUUCACUCAGCUUUACGGUGCAUUUGACGCGCGUGGUGGGCUUUUAUUUGAUGGACUACUUUCUGCCCUCGAUCUUAAUUGUGGCCAUCUCAUGGGUAUCCUUUUGGCUGCAAGCGGACCAAGCGCCGCCACGCAUUACCCUAGGCACCAGCACCAUGUUAACAUUUAUUACACUCGCAUCAGCACAGGGCAAAACUCUACCCAAGGUCAGCUACAUUAAGGUAUCGGAGGUGUGGUUUCUUGGCUGCACCAUAUUCAUAUUCGGCAGCAUGGUGGAGUUUGCAUUUGUGAACAGCAUUUGGCGGCGCAAACACAAUGUGCCCAUCAGGAAGCUCAACAGUCGGCACAUACUCAAGUCGACGCUAUCGCCGCAUUUGAUGCGUCGCCGCAGCCACGCCCGCUCCCUUUCCUUUUCAGGAACUGGACGCCAGACGGACAGCAGCUCGCUGGGCGGCAAUCCACCGUUCAACAACUAUUUGACGGUCAAUUUGCCCAUUUCGACCAUUACCGAGGGCCAGGAGAUGGCUCCGCGAACGGCUCCGAAUCGAAAAAAUAGCCUUCAUAUGCUGAGCAGCACCAAUCGCAAGCUGGAUGUGACGUUUGUGGAAAGCGCCUUGGGCGCUACUGUAACUACGGCUGCUGCUCCUGUUGCCGCUGCCACCAGCAUGGAGCUGCCGGAUUUUAGCAGCUGCAACAAUCUGUUAGGUGAAGAGUUCAGUCAUGAGGAACAGAUUGCUUCUACCGGCUGGACAACACUGACACCACAGGAAAUUGCCAUUUGGAUUGAUAGCCGAGCGCGUUUCAUAUUUCCGAUUGCCUUUUUGGUCUUUAAUCUGUUUUUUUGGACAUUUGUCUAUUGUAUUUAAGGCGCUGUGUCGCCAUUUUAAUUUUAUCAUUGAAUUCUAUGUUUUAAUCGUGUUUUUAGCCAUUGUUUGUGUUUGAUUAAAUCGAUGUUGUUUUUAGCGUUUCAAAUUUAAA